UAAUAUUUAACAGGACGUUUUUGGGUGAUGUAGCAGAGCCCCUCACAUAACAGUAUAGAAGUAUUAAUGAAAUAUAUUUAUCGUGUGCGGAUUCUUACGGCUGUUCCACAAUGACAAGGUGCCCUCUGCCGUGAUUGAUGGAUUACCUCAUUUGAAAUGCACAUUUGUGUUCGGUGGGUGGUUCUUCUGCUGUGCAGCACUCAAGUUUCCACUCUUUUAAAGCUGUCGCCUGUCAGCUUGACUGUCCUUAGAGGGGAUGAGGCCCGCUUCACCUGCAGUAUCCAGAGCGCAGGGUGGGCUCUUAUGCUGUGGGAGCUGAACAGCACAGUCGUGGUCACCAUUUCCAGAGUUCACGGCGUACUUUCCUCCCUCAUUCCCAAUGUGACGGCAGUGGAAAGUCAGAAUGGAGAUGGUUGGGUGUUGGUUCUUAAAAGUGUGGAGAGGCUCCAUGAGGGACAAGUGAGCUGUAACCUCGAGGGCAAUGACAAGAAAACAGCAAGCCUCAUUGUUCAAGAAAAAGGUACUGUGGAAAUCUUUGGAGGCAAUACAAUCACUUUAAAAGGCCAGUUGGUCCAAUUUCAGUGUGACGCUGUGGGAUGGCACCCUGAACCUUCUUUGCAUUGGGAAGUCAAUGGGAAAAAGUUGAGCCAGAGUGAAUACAACCUCAGCAGUGAAGAGACGGGAAAGAGCCUCUUCACUCUGAGCAGCAACCUCAACAUGACUGCGACAAAAACCUCACGUGUUGACUGUCUGGCCUCAGUGACCGCCCUCUCAACGCCACUGAUGAGCGGCAUCCGUCUGACAGUGGUUGCAGAGGUGGUGCAGGAUGAAAAUGACGACUGCACGGUCCCAUUGGCAGUAACUUCCUCCCUCACUGCUCUUCUUCUCCUCCUGCUCUGCAUCUGCAUUGUCUUCUGGUACAAAGAAAGGAGACAAGCAAAGAGAAACACACAAGAUGCGAUAAGGUGUGAGGGCAUGAACAAUGGACAAACUUUGCCUGUUGAGUCUACAGGUGGCAGGGUCAACUUGGGAUACAUGAGUGAGGAUGCAACAGAUGCAGUUUACAAAGAACUAAUCAAAGGAAUGCAUAGCAAGAUGGAUUUUGUCAGCAUUGAGAAGGUCCCUGAUGUUGUAACAUCUAGCAGCCUGUCUUUACAUAGUGACCAUCACAGCCAAGUCGACCUUUCGGAGGGCAACUCUAAGAACAUCCGGAGAGUUACGACAGUUUGAAUACAUUUAAUGUGGGCGAAAUAUAUUCUCACCAAACCUUUUGUAAAUUCACUUUCUCAGUGGAAAGGUAUUAAAAUACGGACGAACUUCUAAAGGCGAAAACAAUUUGUUUCAGUAUGCUGGUUGACAACCAUUUAGUAUAUUAUUCAGGACAAGGAAUAACAACAAAAAAACUGUUCUGUUCUUGCGAAUGGUUUAAGUACCAUUUGAAUUUGAGUAGAAAGUGCAGAAAUAAGUUAACCGUUGCUGUAAAAUAUAAAAACAAUCUCAUGUGAGAAUAAUGACAUCAGUGUUUCUGCUUGUGAGUCAAUUCUUAGUAAAUGCAGCUGAUUUUGCAGUGUUCAUUGCUUUAUUCUUGUUUCGUUGUUUUUACUGAUUUAGCCAGGACAAAAGUUUGUAUUAGAGUAGCAUUUUUGUUCAAAUUUUGAAUUGUACAACCAAAUGUUCAAGAGGAUAGACUGUAAAUGCUUGUAUUGCACAAAAAUCAUCCCAACAAUUUUAAUAGACAUUACAUAAAUUAUGUGCCAAUUGUCUCAAUGUAUUCUGAUAUUAGUGAGCAAAAACAAUAAACAUGUACCGUA